UCGCUUUACGUGGCGAUGUACUCAUCUAUAGGCGCUUGUCAUAGGAACAAUUCUGAACACUGAUUACACUUAACAGUUUGAUGGGAAAUGUUUCACUCGUAGCAAGCUGUGCCAUGCACGCGCAGAAGACAUCUAGAUGUUUUCAAGUGAUGAAAUCUACCGCCUCAGAAGCAGAAAUAGAUGAACUUAAGGAAGCACUGAACGAAAUGAUACUUGCCAAACAGUGUCUUACAAAUGAAUUAUACACGACACGCUUGUCCAAUGUGAAAUUCGCUAAAAAACUAGAUAGGCAGAGAGACUACUUCCUAGCAAAAGACGAAGCUUUGCAACUGGAAAUGAAGCAAAUAAAAUCAACUCUCCAAUCAAUGAAGAGGUCGUUGCAAGCAUCCAACGGUAAGCUUGUACGCCAUCUGCGACGAUGUGCCGGCACUCGUUUCCGUCUGGGGACCAUGUUUCUCCGGAUGCGGUCUACCAAACGAUGGCAUGAGAAACGACGGAAUCGCUACCAGCAAAUGUGUUUCCAGUUCGCAGCGUACGUACAGGAGCAGAAUCGUUACAUGCAAGCCAUUGUGCAUACUCAGUUGAGCUGCGAAAGCAUAACGACCUCCCAUCGGCAGUAUUUUGAUCUGCUGACCCGAUGCUCGCAGUUGCUCCACGAAAACAUGAACUUGAGACUGCUGUUCAUGAACAAGUUGGACGAUAAUAGAGUAGAUUCACCCGGAAAAAGUGAAACGACGCCAUACAGUGAUAUUGCAGAAGAUGAGAAGAUUUUUGAAUCUGGUUCAGAAGAGACCAUUUUUAGUAUAUCUGCAAAAUCCUCAAUGAGGCAGCGUUCCAAGUCUGUGUGAAUGUGCUAAUGUUUUAUUUUAUUUGUGUAUGCAUAUGAAAGAACGGGAAGUAUCAAAUAUUCCAGCAGAAUCCUCGCUUGGUAUUAAAAAAUAUUAUCAUAAGUUUGUAUAAUUGCCAGUUUUGGGGCAAAAGUUCCCA